CUCUCCCAGCCCGACGCGCCCGCCCGCUCCCCCACCCCUGAUCCCUCGGGUCCCGGGAUGGGGGGGCGGUGAGGCAGGCACAGCCCCCCGCCCCCAUGGCCGCCCGUCGGAGCCAGAGGCGGAGGGGGCGCCGGGGGGAGCCGGGCACCGCCCUGCUGGCCCCGCUAGUGCUGGGCCUGGGCCUGGCGCUGGCCUGCCUUGGCCUCCUGCUGGCUGCGGUCAGCCUGGGAAGCCGGGCAUCGCUGUUUGCCCAGGAGCCUUCCCAGGGGGAGCUGGUGGCAGAGGAGGACCAGGACCCUCUGGAACUGAAUCACCAGACAGAGGAAAGUCAGGAUCCCGUGCCUUUCCUGAAACGAUUAGUCCGGCCUCGCAGAAGUGCACCUAAAGGCCGAAAAACACGAGCUCGCAGAGUGAUUGCAGCCCACUAUGAAGUUCACCCAAGACCUGGACAGGACAGAGCGCAGGCAGGUGUGGAUGGGACAGUGAGUGGCUGGGAGGAAACCAAAAUCAACAGUUCCAACCCUCUGCGCUAUAACCGCCAUGUUGGGGAAUUCAUAGUCACCCGGGCUGGACUCUACUACCUAUACUGCCAGGUGCACUUUGAUGAGGGGAAGGCUGUCUACCUGAAGCUGGACUUGCUGGUGGAUGACAUUCUGGCCCUGCGCUGCCUGGAGGAGUUCUCAGCCACAGCAGCAAGUUCUCCAGGGCCCCAGCUUCGCCUCUGCCAGGUGUCUGGGCUAUUGCCCCUGCGAACAGGGUCCUCCCUACGGAUUCGCACCCUCCCCUGGACCCAUCUCAAGGCUGCCCCCUUCCUCACCUACUUUGGACUCUUCCAAGUUCACUGAGGGGCCCUGGUCUCCCUGAAGAUUCCCCAGGCUACUGGCUCCCCAUGACAGCUCUUAGAGCACCCUGGUUCCCUUUGCCCCACCCUCAUUUGUUCCUUGCUCUAGGCCUACCCCUGUCUCUGUUGGCUAUCAGGGCUGUUCAUGUUUCCCAGCCCACAUAAAUACGGCAUCCCCAUUCUUCCCUUAUGGCACCCCCACCUCCCACUCUCACCUCACUACCUCCCAAACUUCUGAUCUUUCAAGACCUUCAUUUGUCCCCUGACUCCCCCUGGCCACAGCCCUGCCCCGUACACUGUGUUUACUGUACUCCAUGGGCAAGGAUGGGUCCAGAAGACCCUGCUUCAGAUACUAACUGGAGCUGGACCUUGUGGCAGGUAGCAGAAGAGACUGGGCCUAGGCGAGGAAUUCCUGAAGUGAGGUGUGAGAAACAAAGACAAGCUCCUCCCUUGAGAAUUCCCUGUGGAUUUUUAAAACAGAUAUUAUUUUUAUUAUUAUUGUGAUAAAAUGUUGAUAAGUGAAUAUUAAAAAGAAUAAAUCAUA